AUGAAGAAAGUUUGGCUUCUUGUUCUUGUGAUGUUGUUCUAUGGCUUUCCUUCAAAAGGAAUCAGCAAUGUUUCUGCAAGACCAAGUACCGUUAACAUUGGGGCAAUUUUAUCUUUCAAUUCAACCAUUGGCAGAGUGGCUAAAGUUGCCAUAGAAGCAGCAGUGAAUGAUAUAAAUUCCAAUGCAACGGUUCUCAAAGGAACUAAACUUCAUAUUUCAAUGCAGGACACAAAACUCUCCAAUGGAUUUCUAGGAAUCAUUGACUCAUUACGAUUGAUGGAGAAUGACACUGUGGCUGUAAUUGGUCCUCAGUUCUCAGUCAUGGCUCAUGUGAUUUCACAUAUUGCAAAUGAGAUGCAAGUACCUCUACUGUCAUUUGCUGCAUCAGACCCUACCCUCACUUCAUUGCAGUUCCCAUAUUUUGUUAGGACAACACAGAGUGAUUUGUAUCAAAUGGCUGCUGUGGCAGAAAUUGUUGACCGCUUUCAAUGGAGAGAUGUAAUAGCAAUUUUCAUUGAUGAUGAUCAUGGACGAAAUGGGGUAGCUGCAUUAGGGGAUAAGCUAGCAGAGAAACGUGGUAAAAUAUCACAUAAAGCGUCCUUUAGGCCUGAUAAUGUUAACCAUGAUGAAAUAGACAGUGUAUUAGUUAAGGUAGCAUUAAUGGAAUCUAGGGUAAUAGUCCUUCACAUGUACCCUGCUCUUGGUCUAGAAGUACUUCAUGUGGCUGAGUCACUAGGCAUGAUGGGAAGUGGUUAUGUAUGGAUAGCAACAGAUUGGCUUUCUACAAUACUAGAUUCAGAACCAUCCUUGUCCACAAGUUCAGCCAUGGAUGACAUCCAAGGUGUUGUCACCUUGCGCAAGUAUACACCAGAUUCACAAAUCAAAACAAACUUUAUUUCUAGGUGGAACAACCUGACCCAUAAAAGGGACCCUGAUCAGGGCCCUAUUGGGUUGAACACCUUUGGUCUAUAUGCCUAUGACACUGUUUGGGUUCUUGCUUCUGCACUUGAUGCAUUUUUUAACAAUGGAGGAACUUUGUCAUUUUCAAAUGAUUCAAGUCUAAACAUGUUAAGAGGGGAUCCCCUUCAUCUGGAUUCUAUGGGGGUCUUUGUUAAUGGUAGCAUGUUGCUUCAAGAAAUUUUAAAGGUCAACAGAACUGGUUUGACAGGCCAAAUGGUGUUCGGUCAAGAUGGUAACUUAUUGCAUCCAUCAUUUGAAAUCAUUAAUGUGAUAGGUACUGGAAUUAGGAGAAUUGGUUAUUGGUCUGAUUCCUCUGGCCUCCACACUGGAGAAGCUCCUAAUCAUUCCAAUUCUAGUGAAGGACUAUAUGGUGUCAUAUGGCCUGGUCAGACAACUCAAACCCCUCGUGGUUGGGUUUUUGCCAGCAAUGGAAGACACUUGAGAAUUGGGGUGCCACUUAGAAUUAGUUACCAUGAAUUAGUGUCAAGAAUUGAGGGUACUGAAAUGUUUAGUGGUUAUUGCAUUGAUGUGUUUACUGCUGCAUUGGACUUGUUGCCUUAUCCAGUUCCAUACAAGUUUAUUCCAUUUGGUGAUGGUAAAACCAACCCAUUAAACACAGAACUUCUCCACAAGAUUACAGUUAGUGACUUCGAUGCUGUGGUGGGGGACAUUACCAUUACCACAAACCGAACUAAGAUAGUGGAUUUUACACAGCCAUAUAUUGAGUCUGGGCUGGUAGUGGUGGCACCUAUUAGGAAGUUGAAAUCCAGUGCUUGGGCUUUCCUAAGACCAUUUACUCCAAUGAUGUGGUUUGUCACAGGAAUGUUUUUCCUAGUUGUGGGAUCUGUUGUGUGGAUUUUAGAACGUCGCUUAAACGAUGAGUUUAGAGGCCCACCUAGAAGGCAGUUUGUGACAAUUAUAUGGUUUAGCUUUUCAACCCUGUUUUUUGCACAUAAGGAGAAAACUAUGAGCACUCUUGGUCGCUUAGUACUUAUCAUAUGGCUUUUUGUGGUUUUGAUACUCAACUCAAGCUAUAUUGCAAGCUUAACAUCCAUCCUCACAGUGGAACAACUCUCUUCCCCAGUGAAGGGAAUUGAAAGCUUAGCAACAAGCAACGACCGCAUUGGUUACCUAAGAGGUUCAUUUGCAGAAAAUUAUCUGACUGAGGAGCUCAACAUAAUCAGAUCAAGGCUUGUUCCUCUCAACUCUCCAUCAGAAUAUGAAAAGGCCUUGAAGGAUGGGCCAGCUAACGGUGGUGUUGCAGCAAUAAUAGAUGAACGUGCAUACAUGGAACUCUUCCUAGCAACCAGAUGUGAAUUCGGUAUUGUUGGUCAAGAGUUCACCAAGAUGGGAUGGGGCUUUGUAACAGUAACCUUGAAGGCUCAUCACACUCUGCUCGUCUAA